AUGUCCACGGCACGAUUGUCAACGUUAUGGGUGCGGGAACUCCGCAGCUCCCAAAGCCAAUGCCUCCAGCGACAGCUGAAUCAGCGCGCAUAUCUCUCCUCCACGACCUCAGCCCCUAUCUGUGGUGGUAGCGGUAGCUGCAAUGUUACCGGAAAGUCGCGACUUGCCUCCUCGACAUCUUCCCCCGCGCGCUCCUAUUCUCAGGGCUCUGCUAUCUCCCGUCUCGCGAAGAGCGCCUUGUCUCCUGGCGCAUCGGCCGAAACAUAUAUCGCAUACGGCAUGACCCAGAAGCUGUUCCAGGCAUGCUCAAGCCAGGCAGACUAUCAAGUGCCGCAGGCAUCGCAGAAGGGCGUCGCCGUGCCGACUACCGAGUCCGGCGAGCAUCUCGGUACUUCGGAGAGUUGGUGGUAUAAAGAACUCGGCCUAGUCCCCACAUUCUCAACCUGGUCACAAAUCACCUUCCUCCACAUGUACCUCCUAACAGUCCGUCUCCGCGCCCUCCCCAACCGCGAAAGUUUCCAAACCUACUCCCGCCACCUAAUCGACCACUUCUCGCACAACGCCGAACACCGCAUGGACGACCUCCACGAUAUCGGCUCCCGCUCCAUCCGCAACAAAUACCUCAAGGACCUGUUUAUUCAAUGGCGCGGCAUCAUCGCCGCCUACGACGAGGGUCUGAUUAAGGGUGAUGCGGUGCUUGGUGCGGCUGUUUGGAGGAAUCUUUGGAAGGCGGAGGCUACGGGCCCGGAUGGAAGCGAGUUGGAUUGGAGUAAGGUUGCUUGGGUGGUGGCUUAUAUGAGGCGGGUUACGGCGCAGUUGGCGCGUAUGGAUGAGGCGGAUAUUGUUAUGGAGUUGAGUGGGGCGAGUGGGCAGGAGUCGAAGAUUUUUGGGUUUUCCGAGUUGGAUCGGAAGAUUGUUGAGGCCUCGAAGUGA